UUGUUGUGACAUAUGAGAUAAUAACACGUCAAAUUUAAGUGAAGUAACAUUGCCACUGACGUUUCCUGUAUUAUUCUAGAAAAACAGAACUGUUCAUCACAUUAUAAUUGCUCGAAUAUAACAUAAGAUUUCCAAGAUGGUGUAUGUUGCUGGGGAUGGAACCAUUCACCAGAGCCCUCCUUGGAAUUUGGAUCGCUUAAGUAAAAUCUUCUACGGUGCGAUUUUCUUUGUUGUGUUCUUUUUCAAGAGCUUGGUUGGUUUAGAUAGCAGUUCUGCAACAAGCUACGGAAGUUCAAGAUCUAGUGGUUCGUCAUAUAGAGGCAGUGGAGGAGGUGGUGGCGGAGGCGGUGGCGGAGGCGGCGGUGGCGGUCCAUUUAGACCUGGUGGUGGAGGCCCAUCAAAGCGAAUAAUGACCAUGAAAGAUAUCAAUCCACCCACAAUAGGAGGAUGUCCAGGGGGCGCUUGUGGACGAUAAAAUUAUUAAUAUGAUUUAUUUAAAUAUCUACAACAUGGGGAAAUUAUUAAUAUUCACUUAUGUGAUUUCGUUUGUACAUGAGUGAAAUUAUGUGAUUUAAUCAAGUAAAUAUAUAUUAGUUGAAAAUACACAUGUUUAAAUUUCCUUAAAAAUGAAAGUUUAUGUUUAAAUAAAAAGUUGAUGUGUUA